CCAAGCCCAGCGUGUUUGGGAUGUUUGUAGCGCGCCGAGGACUGGGGUGGUCUCGUUUCCAGCAGUGAACCCCCCAGUAGGAAAAGGGUUAACCAGAAGCCAGUGAUGCGUAGCUUUUGGAAUAUUUGCCUCUCUUGCUCACUGGUGUUGCUUCCCCCCCUCGGAGCUUUGGGCAACCGCUUCCUAGACCUGUUACAAGUCAUCCAUCCUGCGUUAUCCCUCACCACGUCCAGUACCAUCAUCAUCAUCAUCAUCUCCGGCAGAGUUCCAGUCAAAUGACUUCAGUUAAAAGCCCGUAAAGUGGAGCUCUUUCUGGACCAUUCAGCUGGAGUCAGCGCUCAUGCAGUUUUGCAUGGUGAGAAGCACAUCCCCUUAACCAGUCUGAAUAGACAGACACAAGUCUGGAUGUUCCACUACGUGGUCAGUUCUCAGUGAUCCUUCCCAGAUGAAUCUGCUAGUUGUGAUGCUGUUAUUAAUUGUAAGCUGCAUAGAAACCUUUGAACAGAACAGGAGAAGGAAAGUUAAUAUUGGGUUUUUGGAAAACUGCACAGGGUGUGUGAUGUGUGCCGGAGACAAUGGGUGUACAACCUGCCAGCCCAAGCUUUUCCUGCUGAUCUGGAGGGAAGGUAUUCGGCAGUAUGGUGCAUGUGUUCUAGCCUGCCCAGCUGGGUACUUUGGGGAACGAGGUCAAGAUGUCAACAAAUGCAUAAAAUGCAAGGCACCCAACUGUGAAAGCUGCUUCAGCAAAGAGUUCUGCAUGCAGUGCAAAGAGGGAUUUUACUUAUUUAAAGGAAAAUGUUUCAGUACAUGUCCUGAAGGUACAAUUGUACAUGAGAAUACAAGGGAAUGCAUUGAAGAAUGCGAUCUAAGUCCUUGGACAGAGUGGAGUUUAUGUAUUAGAAGUAAUAAAACAUGUGGUUUCAAGUGGGGACUAGAGAAAAGAACAAGACAAAUCAUCAGAAAACCAGCAGAAGAGAAUUUACCCUGCCCACCUGUGUCUGAGGAGAGGAAAUGUCGGAUGCGGAGGUUUUGUCCUGGAGAAAAAAAUGACAACAGGAGGAAAGGCAGAAGAGAUAAGAAUCUAAGAAAAGCAAAUAUAACAGAACCACUGGGAGAUACCUAAACAAAACCUUCUGCAAAACACAUAUAUGGAAUUCACCAGAGGAUGCCUGAGGCAGAAAAUAUUAACUGAGAGUGUUGGUUUACUUGAAAAUUAAGACUGAAAAGUUCAUUAAAUAUAUACCACUAUUCCUUUGUUUGUAAUUUUCCCAUUCAUAGACAUACAUUUAAUAAGAUGAGAGUCUUAGUGACCAGAAUCUUGAAGCUUCUGGUUAUUUCUGACAUUAGAUGCCAGAGAAAUACAGAAAGUAAGGGAGACUCUCCUUUUGUUAAAUGGUAAUAAAUAAGUCUAUUAACCCUUCUUUCCACAUUCUGACCUAUGCUGGAUGUAGCAUUCUUCUGGGAUCACUUCAAUGGCUGCGCCUGCAUUGACAUGUGUAUGUCUAUGAAUCAUGGUUCUGGUGACAGUCUGAGAACUCAGUGCAGGGGCAUGUGGCAUAUUAAGUUUCCAGCAAAGAUAUUUGUUUAUGACAGUAUUUCAUCCAUCCAUAGUUUGUGCUCUUGGGAAAAAUGUUCUUUUUACUGCUUUUGCAAUUUUGCAUUAAAAACUAAACUAGUAGAAGUCACAGAAGAAUCUGUUUUAUAAAGUAUAGUCAUUUUUACUGAAUCAAGCUUCAGUGAAUCACAAAUGAUGGAUCAGAUUUAACUGGAAACACAUUUGACUGAAAAGUCAUUUCACAGAGUCAUAUCUGACAGAAAAAAUGUACAACAUCUAACAUACAUUAAAAACUUGUGUAUUUUAAUGGAAAAGCUGGCUGCAUCCCUAUUAUUUAAAUAUACUGACUUCAAAAUCACACAACAGUGGAAACACACGCACACACACACACAUAUACACACACACACACACACAUACACACACACACACUAUUGAAAGAAAAACACAUGUCCAAGAGAUACCUUCAAAAAUAUUUUUUACAGGGGAUAUGCACCACUCUACCCCCAUGGGAGGGCUUUGUUCCAACAUCCUCGAUUCCUUAAGUAUACAAGCUUCACAGUUUCAUAACAAUUGAAAAUAAACUCAUGCAGCGAAUCACUGUUUUUUUUUUUUUUUUUUUUUUUUUUUACUUUCAAUCAAUCAUGACUCAGUUAAAUGUGAUUUCAGUCAAAUAGGUUUCAGCCAAUUUUGUUCAAUCACCGGUGAUUCAGCAAAAUGUGGUUCAGUCAGAACUACUGCUACCAUUUUACAAAAGUUAUUUCAUGUUCCUUGGGACUGAUAAAAAACAGCUUGAGAUUUAUCUCACAAACAAAAGUGUGUGCAUCUUCACGCUAGAAAUACUUUCAUGGAAAUCCCUUGUUAUUAUCAGAUUUUUUUGUUUUACUUUUGGUCAUCUGCAACUGUUGUAGGCAGCUGUAAAGUGAUCCUGCACAAUUUUUGUAUAAUUUUAUUUUAUUGUAUAUAUAUGUCACUGAGACAGCAGAAAUAAAACACUGUAUUUAAUCUGAAAUUGUUAAGGAUACAUGCAGAUUAAUAUUUAUGUAUAAAAGCACAUAAAGCUUUUUGGAGCAUUAUUUUUCUUUAAUUUUUUGCACAUUAUAAAAAAACCUUAAUUUGUUAAAUGUCAAACUCUGCCUAACUAUAAAAUUGAUGCUUUGUUUCUCAUCAAAAUUUUGAUGAAAAUAAACCAGUACAGAAAUAAAGUAUAAAAUAAUGUAACUUUUAAAAAGUAAUGUUUAAUAUUUGUAUUUCAUUCAUAUUUCCAAUCUGCAGAACAGUUUUUGUAAUCUGUAUUUAAUCUUGGCCUAACAGUGCUGUGACUUGUACUACUUUUAAAGUCUUCACUUUUUUUGUAAUAAAAUUAAGAUAUCUGCUAUCAGCUGGUUCAGUCUGUCAGUCAUGUUUAAUCUAUGAAGGCAUGCUUUCGCAUACUAUGCAGCAAAACUAUUAACCUAUAGCUAUACAUUCUGAAUGCAGUGGAGCUCACUGUUGGUUACUCAUACUACUGCUAAAACUGAGAGGUCCAGUUCAUAUCACGUCAUAGAAAAUAAACUUGCUAUUUAUUCAGCUUGUAUAGAGAUCUCACUGUAGAAUUCACACAGAACUUUAAGGAUCCAGUGGUCUUUCUGAAUCUAGUGUUGUAUGAUACUUAAUAAAACACACAUAAACCCUAACACAAUAUAUUUGGAAUUUAUUUUAAUUCUAUUUCUGUACUUUUCAAAUGCAUAGCUGGUAAAACAACAUAGUCAUUUUGUUCUACAAUAUGUAUGAUGGCAAUUGAAAAUUGUUGUAUGCUUACAACCUAUUUCUUUCAUUUCGUUUACUGAUUUUGCUGCAUGUGAUUAUUACAUUUUCAAAACCACUAUUUUUAUUAUUAUUCAAUGUCACAUAAUUGAAGGAAAAAGAGUUAUGAAAAAGUAGUCAUUACAAAACCUGAAAAACUUGUUUUACUAAUUUUUGCAUGACAGCAGAGAUAGUGUGCAAAUUUUGUUAUGAUUUUUGUCAGUCAGUGUGUGAAAAUAUUGUAAAGCAAUAGCAAUGUAAUGUAUACCUCCAGUUUUAUUAUAUAAAAGAUGCACAAUUUUUAACAUCAAGGAACAGGUUGAAGAGAUCUUUAUGACACCAUAUUCAUUAUUACUUUUCCUUUGACAUUUAAGCUACACACUUAGGUAAAGUGUUCUCUUCAGUUUAACCCUUCUGAUUUGUUCUGUUUAGGCUCAGUCUAAAAACACUAUGCCUUUUUUUUAUACUCCUAACACUUUGAAUGUGUGUUCACCAUUUUUAUGUAAUAUUAUCACAUAUAUAAUUGCAAAAAAGUAAUGCAAAUUACCCUGAUCAUAAUUAAAGAAACAAUUGACAUAUAAAAGUCUUCUUCCAUUAACUUGGUAGAAUUUAUGUUUCCCACUGGUCUCUGAAAUUGUUAGCAUGAAACAGAAAGAAAAAAAUAUGUGGAGAUUUUGAGAAAGUCCAUUUAAAUCAAGCCAAAUUGUCUCGUUACUGGAAUGUUUAAAAAUUAAAUGUUGAAGUGAAAUGUUAUUUUUUUUUUUUUUUGUUUAUAUUAAGCUACAUGUCAUGUGGAAAAUGCAUUUAUCUUAGCAGACUGAGUUAAUGGAGGAGUUUAUACAAGUUAUGGGUAAUUUAUUUUAUGGUCUGCAUGUAGAUGUUUAUUUAUAAAAUAUACUGAAUGAAAAAAAAACACAAGCCACUGCUGGGGCUUUUCGAGGAGGCAAAAAUAUACCUUUAACUGAAUUUUAUUAAAAUUAUCCAUGCAGUUUUAUUUUUUGUGGGGGGAAGCUAAUAAUGGCUCAAGGUACUGUUUCUUAAUUCCUAGCACAUUGUUUGUCAUCUCUUCUGUGAUGUUUCUUUUUGU